UUUACAUCCGCCGCCGCUUCCGUCCCGCUGGCGGUGCCCCUGCCCCUCCGGCCCGUUGCGGCUGUCCUCCGCUCUCCGUGUCAAUGCGACGCCGCCGCUCAGCGGCCUGCCCCGGCCAUGGACACCAGCGAUCUGUUCACCAGCUGCAAGAAGGGGGAUGUGAGCCGCGUGCGAUACCUUCUUGAGCAGCGAGAUGUGGAAAUCAAUGUCCGUGAUAAGUGGGACAGUACACCUCUGUAUUAUGCUUGCCUCUGUGGACAUGAGGAGCUUGUGCGUUAUCUUCUAGCCAACGGAGCGAAAUGUGAGGCAAACACUUUUGAUGGGGAACGUUGUUUGUAUGGAGCUUUGAGUGAUGCCAUCCGACGUCUGCUGAAGGAGUACAAGCAGAUCACAGCACAGUGCAUGAAGAGAGAUUACUACGAUGUCUUCCUGCAGCGAUUGCUGGAGCAGGGCUACCAAAGCGACAUUGUUUUCAUCGUUCAUGGCAAAUCCUUCUGUGCCCACCGCUGCAUUCUCAGUGCUCGCAGCGCCUACUUCGCAGAGAUGUUUGAGACCAAAUGGAAGGGGAAGAACAUGAUAGUCUUGAAACAUCCACUGAUUAAUCCAGCAGCCUUUGGCUCUCUUCUGCAGUAUCUAUACACAGGUCGUCUUGAUAUUGACGUGGAAUAUGUACAUGAUUGCAAGAGGUUAGCCAAGCAGUGUCGGCUGCAGGACCUCAUAGAUGAUUUGGAGACCAAAUGUAAAAAAGUCUAUGAAUUUGUCUCUUCCAAGCCAGGGACCUGUGUGAAAGUGCUGACGAUUGAGCCCUCAGGUAACUGCCGGCUGCAGGAAGAUUUGGCUCUGCUAGCAGACUGCGCCCUGCCAGCUGAACUGCGGGUUGGUUUUGGGGAGUUGCCAUUUGACAGCACUGACAACUUCGACAGUUGUCCUGACGUGUGUUUCCGGGUGGCAGAUUACAACUUUUUGUGCCAUAAGGCAUUUUUCUGUGGUCGCAGCGAUUAUUUCAAAGCCCUUCUUGAAGACCAUUUCAGUGAGAGUGAGGAGCUGCAGACACAGCCCAGCAUCCCUGUGGUGACUCUCCACAGCAUCUCAGAAGAUAUCUUCAUCCGGGUCCUCUACUACAUCUACAGCGAUGAUACAGAGCUGUCCCCGGAAAACGCCUACGACGUGCUGUGUGUGGCAGACAUGUACCUGCUGCCCGGGCUCAAGCGCCUCUGCGGCAGGACCUUGGCUCAGAUCCUUGACGAGGACAACGUUGUCAGCAUCUGGAGGAUUGCAAAGCUGUUCCAGCUGACCCGUCUGGAGGACCAGUGCACUGAAUACAUGGCAAAGAUCAUCGAGAAGCUGGUGGAGUUGGAGGAGUUUGCGGCUGCUGUGAAGGAGAAUGCAGAGGCCGUGGAGGAACGGCAGGAGACUGACUCCAUUCCUCUGGUCGAUGACAUCCGCUUCCACAUCACCAGCAACGUGCAGACUUACAGCGCCAUCGAGGAAGCCAACCAGAAACUUGAAGCUCUGGAAAACCUUCUGGCCAGCAUAGGACUUGAGUGCUGAUGCGUGCAAACCCUGCCUGUCCUAUGCAGCCUGCAUAGCCCCUCUGGUUUGGCUUGGAGUGCAAGAACUUCUGAGUCUUCCCCUUCUUUGUCCUCCUUCCCAUCCACUUUCAGGCAUGGUGUAUUUAAUUUAUUUAUGUCUGGACAUUUGUGUGUCUGGCUUAUGUUUGGUUUUAUUUCUCCUUUUGGAAGUAGCUCCCAAAGCUCAACCCAAAUCUGUAGCUGCUCCUUUGCACAAUGCAGCGUGGAUAGGAGAGUGGAAGCUGUUGGGAGUGGUACAGGAUAGACAUGCUGCUGCCUGGUGUUAGUUCUGUUGCCCAACAACAUGCUUCUGAAACUACUUUGUACCAGGAUAUUUGUUGAAUUGUCACCAGCAGAGGAAGAAAGCUACAUUAAUUUCUCCAAAUAUAUUGAAGGGGAGGUAGGCUUUCUUUCCCUGUCAGGAUUAUAAAAUGGGCAAGCCUCCCUGACAGGGACAUAGGAGUACUUGGCUAUGUAGAAGGCACUGCCUUCACCUGCUGUUCUAGUACGUGGAUGAAAAAAAACCAAAGUGAUUUCCAGAUCUUCCUUAGCUUUUCAUUGCUUUGAAGUGCUCAGAAUUUUAAAAGCUUUGCUUUCUGCACAAACAUCUUUGGGAGUAGAGUAGAAACCAGAAUCUUCCUGUUCAUAGAAAGCAGUGGCUUUCAGUUUUCUUCCUAACCUGGGAAUGAAAUACUUUCUUCUUGGAAACAGCACUUUUCCCUUUCUUUUUGUCCAUUGUGGUAGAGCAAAACCGACUCAGAGGGGUCACAGGAAUGUAUUUUUUUUUAAAGUAAAAGGGCCUUUUGGGUCUCUUGCAGGGCAGCUGUCCCACUCAUCAACCUUCUAGCUUUGCUCAGCCUUGAGCCUCAUAGCUUCAUUGUUCUCCAGGAAAUUCACUGUUUGUACUAACGAAUGUUUUUGAAUCUGUGUCCUGCAGCAGGUCAUGUUAUCUGCUGUUGUAUCCCUAGGCUCCUAAUGAGGGUAAUGAUGUUCUUUCUCCUUGGCACUAAUCAGCAGCCGAUAACCCUGCAUAAAGCUUGCCUUGCUAAACAGGCUGUCCUCAGAGCUGUUCAUCUCUGCAGUGGCACGUCAUUAGAGCCUCGGGUCUCCAAGGCAUAGACCAGGCAUGCUCUGUCAUGCUGUGAGUGGGGAGGAAGAAGAGGCAUUGUGUGAAUCGCAUAGGGAAUUCUGCACAGGCUGUGGGCUGCCAUUGCUGCAGUAGGAUGCACAGUGUCAUUUUGGUCACUUUCUGAAGCCAGGACUUGAAAUAAUCCAUGUCCAGUGUGCUUUCACUGCCUGAGAUGGGAGCUGCAGACACAGAAUUGGGAUGCAAAACAGCUGAUGAAUUGGGUUUAUUAGAUAGGACUGGAGCAGAGGGAAAAGGGGAAAGAGAAGCAGUGGGGAAAAUACAUAUCAGAGAGAAGGGAUAUCACCAUUUUCCUGGCUUGAGAGCAUAGAAUUGUCACAGGGGCAGUUCUGAGUUUUGGUGGCA